GCUCAAAACUCCUUUUUAGCGUCCGCACACAGAAAAUAUAAAAUACCGAGCGAGAGAGAGAGAUAGGAAGAGAGAUCGAGAGAGAGAGAGAGAAAGAGAGAGAGUUCAAAACAGAAUAAUGAUGAUGACGGUAGCUAUGGUGUGCUGUUCCUUGAUUUUAAUGUUACACUUCCACCUGUUAAGCUUCGCUACCAACACUUCCCAUGCAUUCUCAUCAUUUUCCCUAUAUAAUCCCUCUUCAUCUCUAUCUUUAUCACUAUCUCGAUCAUAUCCUCUUCCUCUUCAUCCCUCUCUCUCUCUACACAUUCUCUCUCUCUUUCACAAACACAACUCAAAAUGCAAGGUGAUCAAGCAAACGCCACAGCAGCAGCGGCAGCAGCUCCGCCGAGCUCGCUGGACUGGAAGUUCUCUCAGGUGUUCGGUGGACACGGUGCCGGCGAACAAGCUAAAGAAGGUGAUAUCAUAUCGGCAAUUGAGUUCAAUAAAUCUGGUCACCAUCUGGCUGCUGGGGACUCUGGUGGUCGAGUGGUCAUAUUUGAAAGGAGUAACACAACAGCGCAUGUUGGAAGUCGAAGGGAUGCAGAGAGGAUUGAUUAUUCAAAUAGCAGGCAUCCAGAAUUUCGUUACAUGACUGAGUUUAAGAGUCAUGAACCCGAGAUGGAUUAUCUUACGAGCAAGGAAUAUGAUGAAGAGAUAAAUAAAGUUAGAUGGUGGCAAUCAGCCAACGGGGCCUUAUUUCUUUUGUCAACCAAUGACAAAACGAUAAAAUUUUGGAAGGUUCGAGAAAAAAAAGCCAAGAAGAUUUUGCAGAUGGACCCAGAUUCUGAAAGUUCCUUGAAUGAAAGUUUCUCUAGGUCAACUCUUUCUUCAGGCGGUCUAUCAAAUGGAGGGUCUUCCGACGUAUCAUCUGAUCCAAAGUCACACACUGGUUGUUCAUUUCCGCCUGGAGGAGUUGCAUCCAUACGUUUGCCUGUGGUAAGCCGCAAUGAGAGUAGUCUUAUGGCAACCUGUAGACGAGUUUAUGGCCGUGCGCAUGUCUAUCGUAUCAAUUCCAUUUCAUGUAACAGUGAUGGAGAAACCUUUAUUUCAGCGGAUGACUUGAGAAUAAACCUCUGGAAUGUGGAAACAAAUCGUCAAAGUUUUAAUAUUGUUGAUCUGAAGCCUGAAAAAGCAGAGGAUCUUGAUGAGUUGAUUACAUCAGCAGAAUUUCAUCCUACCCAUUGUAACACACUAGCUUAUAGUAGUUCAAAAGGAUUAAUUCGUCUGGUUGAUUUGCGACAAUCUGCUUUGUGUGACAAACAUUUCAAACUGUUUGAGGAACCGGAGGCACCUGGCUCAAAAUCAUACUUUAGGGAUGUAAUUGCCUCCAUCUCUGAUAUCAAGUUUAGGAAGGACGGGAGAUAUUUACUCAGUCGGGACUACAUGACACUAAAGUUAUGGGAUAUUAAUAUGGAUUGUGGACCAGUCUCGACCUUCCAGGUUCAUGAGUAUAUAAGGCCAGACUUAUUUUAUUUAUAUCAAAAUGAUUACCUCACGGAUCAAUUUCAGUGUUGCUUAAGUGGUAAUGGUCAGCGGGUUGCGACUGGUUCUUACAGUUUAUUUCGCGUGUUUGGAACUGCUGAGGGUAGUACAGAAGCAACCUUUGUGGAAGCUAGCAAAAAUCCGAUGAGGCGACGAGGUCAAACGCCAUCGAGGCCUUCUAGAUCCCCUGUUGUUAGAAGAGGGGCUCAAAGCCGAGUUUUAGAAGCCGACGAAGACUCCAUCAAUUACAAUGCGAAGCUACAGCACCUGGCAUGGCACCCAAGUGAAAAUAUCAUUGCUUGUUCUGGUGCAGACAGCUUGUUCAUGUUUUAUGCAUAAAACAUGGAUCCUGACAGACAUGCAUGAAUUAGAUCCGGAGUGCUGACGAGAAAACCUCUUCCGAACAUCCGAAGAUUUGGUUCAUGCAUGCUCAUCACAUAGUGCUGUAGUUUCUUUCCUAUUAUGCCUGAUAAAAUCUGCAAGAAACUUGUAAUAGUAGUGUAUCCCCUCUGUUGUGUUAUUGUUGGACCCCUUUUACAGAACUAGAGCUGUAGUUUCUUUCCUAUCAUGCAUGUUAAAAUCGAGUCGGAAACGCAAAGUGAAAAAUGUUACUCACAGUCACCUAGUUCAGGCCGAGUGUUGCGAAGAGCUUCUGCUAAUUUGCAGGCCACUAGCUUCAUACAUGUCUCUGUAACAAAUUUUAAGUAUGAUCACAAUCACAAACUCUCUCUGUUGUAGGAUUUUCUUUAAAGUAAUUGUAUUUUGUUUUGUGGUU